GAUGAGAGCGGGUAUACAGCAGCCGGCACAGCCACAGCACCAUCACCAUCAUCACCACCACCACACCAGUCGCUCAGCUGUGGGCCAACUACAUGCUCACACAGCGUCGUCGUCCUCGUCCGACAAAAAUAGUUCAGCCGAUGCAAACAUGUUUCGAUUGGAAUUUCAUCGCGCGACCGUUGAGAGGAAGUGGUAGACUCCCGCGAGAGAUGGUGGUGUGAGGUCGUGUCGUGCAGCAACUGAAGGCUGGGGACAGAGAGAGAGAAGCAGCCAGAGGUGGGCAGCGGCGUGUAUAUAAGACACUUCCAGCUGAGGUUGUGACAUGUGUACGUGACUCUCGUGUGUGGCGGCCACCCCGGGUACACAAUAGUCUCCACUAGCACUGGUGUUGUCUUCAGAGCAGCGCCACAUCACCAGACGCCCGGCUGCGGGACACGUCAACGACGGACAACGGCAAGGGCAGACAACUGACACCACACAAAGACGUGUCUGAGUGGCCUGGGACUAGGCUCUGAGCAUCACGAGCCUGCAUCGUCGCCAUGGGCAACGGGUCGUCGAUAGAGCCAUGCAAAACGGUUUACCUUGACAUCAACGGCAAGGAGGAAAAGAUUGUCUUCAGCCGGCAGAGCAGUUCCCGUGACAUCCACGAGCUGAUCGCUCAAGCCUCCGGAGUCAGCAGGAACGCUGCCAUCUCCCUGCGUGACAAGACAGGCGCACACGUGUCACUGUCACCGACCAUGCCAGCCAACUCGCCCUCAAAUCCCUACAAGGUCAUCAGUCGGGAUCAACCAUCACAGGAAAUCGACCAUGACGCUUUUCACGCUGUUCUGACUCACGUGGCGGAGCAACUGAACAGGGUUUUCAAGAUGGAGGAAUUAAAGAAUGACUUGACACACAGGCUCAAUAUGCUGGAAAAGAAAAUGGAAUUGGAAGGCCUGAAGGCAGUAGAGAUUGAGAAAUGUAAGAACGAGAUUUCUUACAUUAAAGACCAGCUGUGGAAUGCGCAGAAGAAAUAUGUCGACUUCAACCGGUUAAGGCCAGUAUGCUUAGGAAACGCCUCGGAUCGUUUGUAUAACUCGCUCUGUGAUGACAGGAAAAUCCGUCUCAAACGGGAUAUUCUAACCUAUCCUAAGUACACGUUGUCAAAGGAGACAGUGGAUUACCUCAAGCAGCCGACGUUUGAUAUUUGGCACUGGGAGCCCAAUGAGAUGCUGAGUCUCUUGGAACACAUGUACCACGAAGUAGGGCUCGUGCAGGAGUUCAACAUCAACCCCAUCACUCUCAAACGAUGGCUGUUGUGUGUGCAGGAAAAUUACCGCAACAACCCCUUUCACAACUUCCGGCACUGCUUCUGCGUGAGUCAGAUGAUGUACGGCAUGAUUCACCUGGCCAAGCUGUGGGAGCGCAUGUCCAGGGAAGACCUCGGCAUCCUGCUCACGGCCGCCGUCUGCCACGAUCUCGACCACCCCGGGUACAACAACACAUAUCAAAUCAACGCCCGCACGGAGCUGGCCAUCCGGUACAACGACAUCUCGCCGCUAGAGAACCAUCACUGUGCAGUGGCCUUCCAGAUCCUGUCCAACCCAGAGACCAACAUCUUUGCCAACAUCGACAAAGACACUUUCAAGAGAAUCCGAGCAGGUAUGACAAUGCUCAUCCUGGCCACUGACAUGGCGCGGCAUGGAGAGAUCAUGGAGAGCUUCAAAGAGAAACUCAACGCCGGCUUCGACUUCCACAGCAAGGAACAUACAGACACGUUGAAGAUGAUGCUGAUCAAGUGUUGCGACAUUUCUAACGAAGUGCGUCCUAUGGAGGUGUCGGAACCUUGGGUGGACUGUUUGCUGGAGGAAUAUUUUAACCAGUCUGACCGCGAGAAGAUGGAGGGACUGCCCGUGGCGCCAUUCAUGGACCGAGACAAGGUGACCAAGCCCACGGCACAGAUCGGGUUCAUCAAGUUCGUCCUCAUCCCCAUGUUUCGAGACUGUUGCGAAGGUUUUUCCUCAGUUUGAAGAGGUCAUGGUGCGACCCUUGCAGAUGGCCAAGGACCGGUACGAGGCCAUGAAAAAUGAGGAGGAUGCGGCCAAGCAGAAAUCUGGCUAGCAGGACGCCAUGGAGGUAUCUUCUUCCGCCCAGACAGAAGUGUAAAGCUGUGGAAGAAACCAUUGGGUGCCUUGAGGGAUACCGUCAGUCGUGUGUGCGAGUCUCGCUGGCGUUUCGUUGUUUUGUUUAUUGUUAGAUGUUUUGGACUGUGGAGUGGUGCAGUGGGCCAACGUUUUGUCAACAACGCCGGUGUGAGACUCCUACAGAGAAGAGUGGACGGUGAGAGGUCACAGUCCGGUUGUCUCCUUUUGUUUACAGCUGGACGAGAGUGUAAACGUCACUCAUUGGCUUGAAUGUGAUUGUGACGUGCUGAGCAGUGACAUGUACAUACAACAUGGCGUCUAACAUGACGUCAGCGACCUGACCAUGAAUGACGCGCAUGCGUAAAAGAAAUACUUUUACCGGCAUCCGGUAUUUAGGUGUUGAGCAGAUUAAUCAUAGACAAGUGUGACGUAUGUGAGCAACAUGGUGUCCGUGGCAAGACAGAGGUGACAUCACUUCCUCUUGACAAGCCUUUCGCCUGUAGAUGUGUGAAGUCGCCCCAAGAUUUCUCCAAGGCUCUGGAGGCUGGUGUCGUGGCCACGUGAAGUUUGGGGUUCACAUCUCUGUUCACCAAAUUUGUGCAUAAUUUGUUUACCCGCCAUGAACUUGUUUGGUGGGAGGAACAUGAGGCUACUCACGAUAUAUAUUUGAGUAUUUUAUGGGACUGAGACAGACAGACUUAGGGAAGUCAGGUCCUUUUUGAAAACUUCAUUUUGUCUGUUUGACUAUUACUAAGUUAUUACAAACACCGAUUUCUGUUAGUUGACCACUUCUAUGUAGGACCUUGACACAAGGCAAUGUGCCUAGACAGUGAAACACUGUGUCACACAUAAUGUCACACAUUGUUAUGACAUGUAAUGUCGAUUACUCAUUGUCAGACAUUGUGUCAUAUGCAGUGUCACAGUUUAGCAGUUCUGCAAAGAAAUUCAGCUAACAUUCUUUUGUUGCCAAUGUCAUGAGCAGACGGUGAUAGAAAGUGUCAGGUGUUGGUGAAGAUGAAAAGAGAGAGUAAUUCAGGAGAAUUAAAAGUAAAAUAAUUGUACUGAAAAUAAUGGUUGCCGAACGUCUGCUACUAAUAACAACAAUGACUGCAACAUGUUUCCUACUCCAAGUCAUUAUCACAUUUUUCUGGUUCUGUAUACGUGUGCUACACCUGUCAGGAUGAGUAGCCUCUCAACCAGGUGUUGGGUCUCACUGGGUCCUAAAGCUCCACAUCAUGUAGGCGCUCGGUUGUCUCCCUUGGGUGACGGUAGAGUUAUCCAUCCACGGACAUUGGUGUACGGAAGCUGUUCCACGUUCCUUUUACUGACAGCAGGGUACAGUGUGUUGGGACCAUUGUCGUAAUACAGGUCACUGUUUGGUGACCUCUGACCUCUGGGGUCCCCCUGUUACUGGGCUGUUGUACUCCCGGGUCACAUAGUCACUGUGUGUGUGUUGCUGUAUCCUGGGUGGAUGACCUUAGUGUUGCUGACGUACAGUGAGCAUACGGGGCUGAGCGAACCUUUACUACAUAUCACGUGAUAAGUAUGAGAGUUCUAAAUAUAACCCACCCACACACACACCUUGAACCUCCUUGCUGGCAAUCAACGUAUCAUCACUUUAAAAUCAGUUGUAUUUAUUUCCUUUAUACUUUUUCUUUGUAAAAUGUCAAUAUUGUUGUCUUUUUAUUUUUCCUUCUUAACUUCCGUCUGUGUACAUGAUGUCUUCCCUUCCUUGUACUUCCUUUGUCGCCGUCUGUCUGCAUCUCAUUGUAACAGCAGGGCUGUGAGGCGCCUGAAGGUGAAAACAACCGACCUUUCAGUUUCACUCACACUAAUGAGUUGAAGCAGUCUAUCGCACUUUUAUUUUAAAUAUUCGUGAAAGCACUAACAUGAACAUCGCCAUACCUUGAUCACUAAACACCUGACAGGAAAGUUGUUAUGUCCUUCACAACAAUUUUAUUGUCAACACCUUUAGUCAGGUUAGUGCACGGCUAUCCAACUAUUUCAUUAACCAAUGACUUGGGAUUGUCGACGAAUUCGGUUAGCCAGACUUUUGGUUAGCCGAUGAUUUGUUUAGUCAAUAGUUUGGGUUCGCCAAUCAUUUUAUGUUUUUUCUUCUUCUACUCCCGACCUUGCAUAACUUCAUGAUGCCGUCCAUUUUCAAAGAAUUAUCUUUUUUUUGUGAACGUCCUACAUGAUGCACAUACUCCUUCGUUGAAAUGUAACAUUCGGCAUUUACCUGUUGUUUUGAUGAGUGUUAUUUGCAUUGCGGAUAAAAGCCACUACUUCUUAGGUAAGCAGUGAGGAUAGGGAAGCUGUAGAUGAUUUCCUCGUUAAUUUUCUCGUUGUUAUCUGUUGGUGUGAUAUCACCGUUGCCAUGGCUGUACAGACUGUAAUGGUGGACACGUUAUCAGUAAUGCAACACCGAUAAAUAUUGUCAUUUGUUUGGCACUCCAAGCUUUCACAAUGUCACCGGCAUGUUGUUUAUUAUUGUUUUUACAAACCUUUAUCACUUUUACUACCUUCGUGGUGAUCACUUGUUGUUAAAUAUUAGAAGGCAGGACACCGGGAACAUCUCUGGCUGCGGUUCUCGAAGCGCGGGUCGUGAUUACAACAUCCACAGGGACACUCACAGGACGCAGCGCUGAACUCAGGAGAUCAAAGACACACCAAUGACCUAUGACCUCUUCCCUGGACCGCAAGACCGCCGUCAUGCUUUGUGUCCUUCAGAGUGUGGGCAGGUCAGGUGUGUUCUACCAUCGUCCACAAACAAGUCCCACUGAAUUCGGACGCUUGAGUGACAGGACAACAUGAUGUGACAACGCGCCAGGGUAAAGGUCAAAAGGUAAAGGUCAAAAGGCGAAGGUCAAAAGGUGAAGGUCAAAAGGUGAAGGCUUUGUGAAGGCGGUGACUUCAAGGAUACUGGGAUUUUAUGAAAUGAUAUAAAUUCACUAUAUUAAUCAU